GCAACAACAGCGACAGUACUGGUGUAUUUAAGAUUAAACACAGGAGGGAAGGACGCUGUGAAACUACACCAGAAAUAUAUUUAAUCAAAUGACAGCUUGGAGUUAUGGAAAUAUUCCUUAGACAAAUCAUUAAAGAGAUCCUCGCUUGACGUGGCUUCUGAUGCAGAAUCGGCUGUGAGCAUCAUCAGCAUCAAGCCGAGCACAGGUGCUUCAUCUCAAGCACUCCUCUCCUCUCAUCUCUGCUGGAUAGGAUGAGACGAUGGCUCGCAGGAGAGAUGAAGAUGAUGAGGAUGACGGACACAGGCUGAUAGAGGAAGAGGAUGCGCGUCCCAUCACAGACAGUAAGGAUAAGGACGAUCUGUCCCUGGACGAGAUUUUACAUCUGUACAAGCAGCCCAUCAACGAGGAGCAGGCGUGGGCUGUGUGUUACCAGUGCUGUCGCUCUCUUCUGGAGGAUUCUGCUGGUUCUGGAGGAGCGGGAGACUCCAUCAGGAUUUAUAAAGACGGAUCAGUGCGCUUUCACUCCGGAGGUGUGUGUGAUCCCAGCCGCUCCUGCACACAGGUGCUGGAGUCUCUGGGCGUGCUGAUCUAUAAGGCUCUGGAUUACGGGCUGAAGGAGAACGAGGAGCGAGAGCUGAGUCCCCCGCUCGAGCAGCUCAUCGACCUCAUGACCAACGUGACUGAGACUGAGAGCGACUCCUGCGCUGAUGAAGGAUACGACGCCACUGAGGAAGACGAGGAUGAGCGCCAGCGGGAUCCCGCCCACCCCGGCCGUAUCCGCGGCGUCCGUGACAUCAUCAAGCUGUGUGCUCUUCACCUGUCCACGCCGGCAGACGCGGCCGAUCAUUACCAGGCCGUGUGUCGAGCUCUGUACGCCGAGACCAAAGAGCUGCGCAGCUUCCUGGAGAAGAUCCAGAGCGCCAAAGAGAAUCUGCGUAAGAUGGAGGGAGACGCUGUUGAUGAACGUGGCAGGGAGCUAAACGAGCUGCAGAAUGCUGAUUGGCCGUGGUUCUGGACGCAGGUGAUGCGAGAUCUGAGGAACGGUGUGAAGCUGAAGAAGGUGCAGGAGCGGCAGUAUAACCCGCUGCCGAUCGAGUUCCAGCUCACGCCGUACGAGAUGCUCAUGGACGACAUCCGCUCCAAGCGCUACAAGCUACGCAAGGUCCUGGUGAGUGGAGAUAUUCCUCCAAGGUUAAAGAAGAGCGCUCAUGAGGUUAUUCUGGAGUUUAUCAGGUCCAGACCUCCUCUCAAUCCCGUGUCAGCGCGUAAACUCAAGCCACAGGCCGAGCGUCCUCCGAGUCUGCACGAGCGCAUCCUGGAGGAGAUCAAAUCUGAGAGGAAGCUGAGGCCCGUGUCGCCCGAUAUGAUCCGUAGAAGUCGAUUCGCCGUUCGGCCUCUUAGCAUGUCUCAGAGUUUUGAUUCGUCAGAUGUGUGCUCCUCAGACGGGGCGAGGAAGGCCUCCAGCACGCUGUCGUUGGCCAAUGGCGUGUCUCUUCAGCAGAACGUCUCCAGCGGCUUUCAGAGGAAAAGACUUCAAGCUCCGACUCUGUCUGAACUGGACAGCUCUGAUUCAGACGAUGAGACUGUAGGUCAAAGGUCAGCCAGUUGCUCCAGCAUCUCCACAUCCAUGGUGGACGACACAUCGCCAGAAUCCGUCCUGGGCAAGAAAACUCCGCCCAUGUUCCUGCCCAUCUCGUCCACGCCGCAGCCGGAGAGACGUCAGCAAGCCCAGCGCCGCCACUCCAUCGAGAAGGAGACGCCCACCAGUGUGCGUCACUUCCUGCCGCCCUCCAGACACAGCUCCAGAUCCCUAGAGGAGUUUUGUUUCCCGGUGGAGUGUCUGGCUCUGACCGUGGAGGAAGUGAUGCACAUUCGGCAGGUUUUGGUCAAAGCCGAACUGGAGAAGUUCCAGCAGUACAAAGAUAUCUACAAUGCCAUGAAGAAGGGGAAGCUGUGCUUCUGCUGCCGAACCAAACGGUUUUCCUUCUUCACCUGGUCCUACACCUGUCAGUUUUGUAAAAGGCCUGUCUGUUCACAAUGCUGUAAAAAAAUGCGCCUCCCAUCAAAGCCUUAUGGAAGUCUCCCAAUUUACUCUCUGGGUCCGUCCACAUCGAGUCUGAAACGGGACGCAUCCAGCCGAAAGCCAGAGAAGCCCAGUACGAGCCAGCAUCGAGCCAGCCUACAGCGCACAGUGUCCAGAUUAUCUAAGCACACGCGGCAGUCGUCCUCGUCUCAGGAGGACAUGGAACUCCCGAAAGAGCUGAUGGAGGACUGGAGCACCAUGGAGGUCUGCGUCGACUGCAAGAAGUUCAUCUCCGACAUCAUCGCCUCCAGCAAGCACAGCCUGUCUCUGGCCAACAAGAGAGCGCGCUGGAAACACAAGACGCAGUCCUUAAUCAUGGCGUCCGAGACAAGCGCAGAAUACCGGCCUUCUGAGCGAACUAUCAAUGAGGUGUAGACGCCGCCGAUGGGUCUGGAUGCUGGAUGCUUGUAGAUUAGGACGGGUCAGGGCCAAUAAACUCUUAUGGAUGUGUAGCAGUUCUUCCACACACACAACAUGGGUUGUUUUUAUUCUGUGCUGUAGAUAUGUGCUUACAUAUUGACAUCUGCCUAUAGUCAAUCAUAUGAACCAAUGUGUCUCUUUCAAACCAAUCAGCUUUCUCUUGGUGACUCUGCACGGUAAAUUCUGGUCAAAACCACUCUCAAAGGACAUUAAUGUAUUUAUUCAUGCCCUCGGUUUAUUAAUAUUUUCUCUCAAUUUAGCUAAAUAAGAAUUUGUUCUCAGGGUUUUUGUUCUUUCAUGUUGUAAAAUUGUGCCCAUGUUCUAAUUUGUUCUCUCUUUUUGAAUUAAAACGGAGGAACAAAUUAAUAGCCACUAUUUAAUAUAAAACAAGAGAAUUAAUUCUUAGUUUGUAGCAGGUUGAUUGAAAUUAUAAAACAAAGUAAUAAGACCUGGGAACGAACAAUACAUAUAUAUUGCGACUGUAAACAUGACUGCACCUAAACUAAUUAAAAUGAUUUCUCAUUGGGCUUUUCCAAACUUGAAAUAGUCGAGUCAACUCUGGAACAAACCUACAUGAUACAGCAGGGUUGCCAGGUUGUCAUAACAAAACCUGCCUAAUUGCA